CCUGCCCUAAUUGUUAUUCCAUUUUUUUUUCUUUUUUCUACCGAAACUCUCCCUCUUCGUCUGCUUCUUCUUCUUCUUUUUUUUUUUGUUUCUAUCUCGAUAAAUCUUCUUCUCCAAGGACUCAUUAUCAAUUUCACUCCAAUUUUUGUGAACAGUCUCGUCGCUACCUUGAUCGUCUUUGACUAGACGUUCUUUCUCUUGAGAGAAGAUUUCUCCAAGGGCCAUGGUUGCACUUGAUUCCUAUUUCCCAAGGAAGAGACUCUCUGCUUUUGAACCAAAUUUCUCUGGUUCGACGUGUAUCGGAGUCUACAGUUCCGAUGAUUCCAUAGCACCACAAGAUUACUCUUGUGACGACAGCUGCGAUGAUCUGGCAACUGUAUCUUCCGCUCGUUGCGAUUUCGACGAACUGUGUGGUAUGGAUUCAGCCUUGGAGAUGAGCUGCAGGUCUAAUGGAGAAGGCCGCGAGGUUCAUGACGCUGGUGGUGGUGGUGGCGGCGGCACAGACAAGAGUGAGGUUCCAGGGUAUAAUACAAUGUAUGCGAGCGGUUGGAUGUACGUUAAUCAGCAAGGCGAGAUGUCUGGCGCUUAUACGCAACAGCAGCUAUUUGAUGGCCUAUCCUCUGGCUUUCUACCUGAGGAUCUUCUUGUAUACCCAACUAUCAACGGUUAUAUGCACAAUUCUGUACCGUUAAAGUACUUCAAGCAGUUUCCUGAACAUGUCGCCACUGGCUUUGCGUAUCUACAUAAUGGAAUGAUAAAUGUCCAUCAACGUGAGACUCAAGCAGAGCAUACAGCUUCUGCUGCUGCUCAUUUGGUUUUCCAUCCUCCACAGCCCAGUUCUAAUGGUUCGCUCUUGGAUCAGCGAAUGUUAAACCAGGAGGAAGUGAAUUUGUUAGCUUCGUUCAUCUCAUUGGGAAGCGAACAUGCUUGCUGGUUUCUUGUGGAUGCUGAGGGUAGAAAUCAUGGUCCAUAUACUUUAUUGGAGCUUUGGAAUUGGCAGCAGCAUGGACAUGUUUCAGAUGCAGCCCUGAUACGGGAUGUUGAAAAUAAGUUAAGACCAAUCACAUUAGCGUCGUUAAUUGGUGUAUGGAGGGAUAAAUGUGGUAGUGAAAAUUGUGAUGAGUCAGUGUCUGGGGCGAGCUUCAUAUCUGAAGUAUCUGAAGAGCUCUCUUCUCAGCUUCAGAGUGGAAUAAUUAAAAUAGCUAGAAGAGCUCUCCUCGAUGAAAUCAUCAGUAGCACAAUUUCAGACUUUCUUAACGCGAAGAAAAGAGACGAGCAUCUCAAGUCUGUUCCAGCCAGUUCUGCUGCCAAUGUUGUUAAAUGCAUAUCGUCUCAAGUUAUCAAUCCGGAGAAAACUGCUGUCUCAACCACUGAAGCAACAGGCUGUGAGAACAUAAAGAAUGAGGAGGAUCCUAGUCGAAUAGUUUCAGAGUCGCUCAAAUACACUAAAUGUGUUGGAAGCGCCGAGAACUUUCAGACAUCUUGCUCAGCUGUAUGUGGAAUCCUUCACAACAGUUGCAUGCAAAUUAUGUGGAAUGCUGUCUUUUAUGAUACUGUGGCAACAUAUACAUCAUCUUGGCGAAAGAACAAACUUUGGUUUCGUUCUCCUGAUACCCCAACCGUUUCGAGCUACUGCAAGGGUUCCCAUACCAACCACUCAGAAAAACCAGAAGCAGCUGAAAGUUUUACUUGUAGGGUGGAUUCCUCUUCCUGCAAAACUGCUAACUCUAAUGCAUAUGACUUAGCUACCAAAGCAGCAAGUUUUCAUGAACCGUCAUCUAGGAAAGUAACCUUACCAGUCACUGAUGGAACAGAAAGCGUUGUAGCAAGCAUAUCGGAAUACGUACAAAGUGAGCUCUUUUCGUCUCUGGAAACUCAUCUGACUGAUUAUAUUGGCAUUCUCAUUGAAGAUGGUGCGAACAUUGCUGCUAGUACUGUCCAAGAUGGCAAAAUGCAUGAGGUAAGGAGAAACAUUUUUGAAAAUUUCCAAGAAAAUUUCCUCCUUUCUAGUUCAGUUCUUUAUUGUGGCAUGCUAGCGUGUGGACUGAAUUUAUAUUGUUGCAAACUACUGCAGGAAAACUCGUCGUGUUUGGAAAAGUCUGGUGAAAAGGGAGAAUCGUCUCAGCAAAUCACAUCUGAGGAUAUUGUUGCUAAUAUUUUUAUUACAACAUUGCAGACAUCAUCAGACAGUCCGGUCAGUGAUGAAGUUGAUACUCUGGAUAUUCAUGAGCCACCACCACCUGGAUGUGAAAGCGGCAUUACAAGGCCAUCUCUGCGCUGUAACUUUCGGCCUGUAAGGUCCAAAGAAUCCGUUCCUGAGAUUGAAGAAUAUGUUGCAACGGCUUUAUGUAGACAGAAGUUGCAUAAUGUUGUUAUGAAAGAUUGGAAAUCACUGUUCAUGAAGUGUUCUCUUAAGGAAUUCCUUGCUUCACAGAAAGGAAGCCAUCAAGUUUCUCGCAAAGAAACAAUCGCCCCGAGGAAGCUCAAAGCGAAUGCUCAGAUCAAAAAGCCAGUAAAGUCUAGUAUAUCAAGUCAUACAGCAGAGAAGCCAAAGAAACAAUGUGUCAGAUCUUCUGAAAAAAUUCUGGUUAAACGAUCUAAGAAACCUUCUAAAGAUACACCCGGUAAAAAUUUGUCAAUUAGUAAACCAAGUCAGCCGAAGAUAAGGAAUGCUGUCCAGCAGGAUCAAACUAUCAUUAAGAAUGUGACGAAGGUUCGGAAAGGAAAGGUUAGUAAAGAUGCUCAUCUCAAGGUGAUUUCUGAGAAAAACCAAGAUGUUGGAAUGGCAGAUGAAUUUGAUGACGAACUUCUUAUAACAAGACUGAGAAGGAUAUCAAAGAGUAAAACAAAAGAGUUAAGAGAAGGUACAGACGCUGCAAAAUCCUGUGAGGAGAUUUCAUUGUCUGCUGAAGAAUCCGUGGAAACUGUUGGCUUCAGAGAUCAUGAGGAAAAUCUUUCAAAUAAGUCUUCCCAGAAAGUGCAAAAAGCUAAUGUGUCAAAGCUAAAGAGAAAGAAUACAUCAGAAGUCGAAGGAGCACAAUCUUGCAGUGGAGCAAACGGAGGAUAUACUGAGAUUUCUGGAAAAGACACUGAUACAGAAAGCCUUGGAUUUGAAACCAGGGAUAAGGUUUCCCCUGAACGCCUCAGCAAGAGACGGAAAAAAGAUGCAGCUAAAGGAAAAAAUAUUGUGGAGAAGUCUGCGUGCAGCGUAUCACAGAAGUCUCUUAAGCCAUCGGAAUCAUCAACUCUAAAGAGAAAGCAUUCAUUAGAUGAAAAUAUCCCCAAGGAUUCUGAGAGUGCUGUUGGAAAUGAAGGAAAGCUUCCCGGCAAUACAUCAAAUAAAAUGCAGAAAGUAGGUUCAAAGAAAUUGAAGCUUAAAAGGAAGCUAUUACCAAAACAUACAACAGAGCUUUCUCCCAUUGAGGAUUUGGCAGUGGAUAAUGACAGCAGACCUACGUCGAUUGCACUAAAACCAUUGGUAAAAUUGGGAACGAAAGCGAGCAAUAAAAAGGUGUUAGUUCCAAUGCCAAAGUCCGAUGGAUGUGCACGCACAUCUAUUAAUGGCUGGCAUUGGCGUGCAUGGUCAUUAAAGGCUAGUCCCAAAGAGAGAGCUAGUGUUAGGGGAAGUUCUUGCGUGCACACGCAACAUUUUGGUUCCAAAAUUAGUUCUUCUCAAAACGUUCUUUCUGCAAGAACUAAUAGGGCAAAGAUGCGUAAUCUUCUAGCUGCUGCCGAUGGUGCUGACCUCUUAAAAGUUUCUCAGUUGAAGGCUAGGAAAAAGCGUUUGCGGUUUCAACAAAGCAAAAUUCAUGAUUGGGGUCUUGUCGCACUUGAACCAAUUGACGCAGAGGACUUUGUGAUCGAAUAUGUUGGAGAGUUGAUACGUUCUUCUAUAUCUGAGAUACGUGAACACCAAUAUGAAAAGAUGGGAAUUGGAAGCAGUUAUCUUUUCAGGCUUGAUGAUGGCUAUGUGAUUGAUGCCACAAAGCGAGGUGGCAUAGCAAGGUUUAUAAACCAUUCAUGUGAGCCUAAUUGUUACACCAAGAUUAUAAGUGUGGACGGUAAGAAGAAGAUAUUUAUCUAUGCGAAACGGCAUAUUGACGCUGGUGAAGAAAUAAGUUACAACUACAAAUUCCCGCUUGAGGACAACAAAAUCCCUUGCAACUGUAAAGCGCAAAAGUGCCGUGGAUCACUGAACUAGGAGGGAUGUGGUUGGUAGAAGAAAACUGAAUCAGAUGUAUACUAUGUACGGGAAUGUUUUUUGGGGUUCACGUGAAGAAGAUGGACGAAUCUACCUUUUGCGGUAAACAUGUCCACCAGGCAGCAGCAGAUGAGUAUCCUCUCUUUGAACACAAACUGUAACCAUUUUAUCCCACAUACUAACACUUAUAAAUAAGUUAUUUUCUUUUUGAUAUUUUUCUAGUUUUCUUUUGUUGUUGUUGCCAUCAACAACGAAAAAUAUUCAAUGCCAAGUUAAUAAUAAAAUUAUAAUUAACUUAAUUCCUUAUGAAUUUAAAGAAACGAGAUUGAUAUUUAUUGUGUUUCGUGUAACAAAACAAAAGGUUAUUAUUGCUAAGCAUUUUUAGCUGUCCAUUGUAAAAAAACAAAUGCCAACUUAUAGAAAUCAGAUCUUUGUUGGUUUGGUUUCAUUUGAGCAGAAAGAAAGGAGAAGAGAGAUUAUCAUUGUUACGGCUCAAUGAAAGCUAAGAGCUUGUUUCUAAGCGUUUAAAGCAUUUUAUUGAUAUUUUUGGGUUGUGUUAAUAUAGCAUGUAUAGUUUUUAAUGUUUUUUUUUUGGUUUGCAGGAAUUGUAAGGAAAAAAAAAGAUUAACAAUGUGAUAAUUCCAUUUCCACAACCCCAUUGUGCUUGAUAUGCAAAAUUGCUUCAUCAGACGCGAAACGGGACAGGCCCUACUUUUACUCUAUCUAGUUAAAAGGCAUAUAUUGGAGUAGUGUUGCCUUUCUUUCCCCUGACUGUUUGGGUUUGCCAAAGACAAUUUGUUCAUCGACUUCGUUUCUUGUCGUUAGGGUACCAAAUUUUCUCUAUCUGUAGUUUGCAAACUAUUUAUUGUAUGAAUUAAAAUAUUUGAAUCAUUAAAACACAUACAAUUGAAA